GCCUCCAGCACUGGGAAGUUUAGCUGGAACAGAAAAUGUCCAGGGCUGGACCCAAGGUCACCUUCUAUGAAGACAAGAAUUUCCUGGGUCGUCGCUACGAGUGCGACGCUGACUGCCCUGAUUUCCACACCUACCUGAACCGCUGCAACUCCAUCCGGGUGGAGGGAGGCACCUGGGUGGCCUACGAGAGGCCCAACUAUUCGGGGAACAUGUAUGUGCUGAGGCGGGGGGAGUACCCUGACUAUCACCACUGGAUGGGCCUCAAUGACCGCCUCGGCUCCUGCAAAGCUGUCCACAUACCAAGUGGAGCCCAGGGCCACAUCCAGGUGUUUGAGAAGGGGGAUUUCGGUGGGCAGAUGUUUGAAGCCACUGAAGACUGCCCUUCCAUCCUGGAGGAGUGCCACUUUCGCGAGGUCCACGCUUGCCGGGUGCUGGAAGGCAUCUGGGUGUUUUACGAGCACCCCAACUACCGGGGCAGGCAGUACCUGCUGCCCAAGGGCGAGUACCGGCAGCCAGUGGAAUGGGGGGCAGUGACCCCUGCCGUCCAGUCCUUCCGCAGCAUCGCUGAGUAAAUGGUGGAGAGCUAGCCCCCCAAUAAAGCACUUGAGUCACUCAGAA